AUGGCCGACCCGGCCAACCACCACCCCCACGUCGACCCCAACGCCAACUCACCCGUAGCCCGCCUCUACCGCCUCCUCGGCGGCCCCUGCCUCUUCUGCUCCAGCAACGUCGCUCGGCCACGCCACGACGUCGGUACACCUGCUGUCCGACAUGAUCCCUCCGCUUCCACUUCCUCCACGCAUCACACCGUCACCGGAUGCCAUCUCCCCCCAGCCACCAACGGCCCCCACUCCACGGCCAUCGACGAGGGGAGUGAUGGUGAGAAGGCCGAGGGUAAAGGUCGUGGUGGUGGUGAUGAUGAUGGCGACGAGCCUGUCACGGGCCGGCUGAGGGGGGGUCGUAGUGGCCACGAAACGCCGCUGGACGGCUUUCCCCCGGAUAGCAAGUGGCUCCAGUGGAUGCGCUGCAGUUGCAAGCACUGCACUAUCGUGCCUUUCCCGGAUAGGUCUGGUGAGGACACGGGCAAGGGCAAGGGGAAGGGUAAACAGCCGGUGGUGGAGCGGGAAGAACGUCUGAGAGGAGGCGAUCGGCCUGCCGAUACGGAUGGUGAGAAUAGCGAUGAUGGAAGCAUGGGAUAUUAUGGGGGCGAUGGCUGGGAGCUGGAGGACAGCGAUGGUUGGGAGCUGCUGGAGAGCGAUGAAGAGUCUGUGAGGAGCGACCAAGGUCAGUCAUGGAGUGAUUGGUCUGCAGACGGCUGUCGGCCAUUUGAUCUCCAAGCAUCAGCUUUUGGCUGGGACACAGAUGCGGAGGCAGAAAUGCGUGGCCUCCUUGAGGAAGAUGGUCCAGACGAAGGCAUUUGGAGCGCGAAUCAUGAAGAUAUGCCAAAUCAGCAUCAGCACCAAACACCAGAGAAUUACGAACUCCCACAAGAGAUGAUCCACGUGCUACACCAGCACUCAAUUUUUAAAGCCUUCAAGAAAGUCCUAGACGAUCUUCCGGGGAGGCUGCCCACUCUGGAUGAACUUUGGACGGAGUACUACUGGUUAUGGCCGGAGGCGUGGUUCCCAUGCGGGUGCCUCAACAUACAACUAUGGGGAACACUUGCUCGCGAGCUGAUAAGUCGAAGGACAAGGCGUCACCGCGGAGGUGUCUGUGUCACCUGUGGGAGGUCCAUAUCAACUGGUAGUAGUGACAGUAACAGCAGUGGACCAGAAAGCCAUCCUCGUGGUUCCAACGAGGGCUCUGGAGAGUCCAUGAGUCUGAGCGGUACCACCGUUUUCAAAAACAGUGACUCUGGCAGCGGCUCGGACUGGGAAGAGUACUGGGGGAACUUGGCCGGGAAGAGACUUUCGGUCCACGUUGCCGACGAAGAUGUACGAGAAGAUCAACGGUUUACGAGGAGCCUGGAGCGUGCCGUAGCAAUGCUUACACGCGGCGGAGGUCGUGCUCAUGAAAGAGUUCCCAAAGAACAGCAAUCCGAUGACGAAGAGGUUGGCCCAAAGAACGAUGAGGGUUGCAGGCUGAGGGGCGGGGCCGGUUCCAGCACUGGCGGCAGUGGUACGUUUGACAGCGAAGAAGCACCUGCAGUCAGCAACGAGAACCCCGAUGAGGCAGUUGAGCGGGAAGCUGCCCAGCGUGCAGAUGUGGUAAAUCAAGAGACGCGGGAGGCCUUUGACUUUUGGCUGUUUUGGUUCAUUUUCGGCGACACUGGCAGAUCAUAG